AUGGACGCUCAAAAGAUAAUUCUCGUAACUGGCGCGAACACGGGCUUCGGAAGUGACGUGGUAAAGUCGUUGCUUCAAUCUACCACGUUUUACUCUAUUCUCUUUGGUAGUAGAAAUCUCGCCAAUGCCGACAAUGCAAUCCAAUGCCUUGCGGCCCAGUUCCCAGCUUCAGAGAGCGUGCUGUAUCCUUUACAGGUCGACAUUGAGAAUGACGAAUCAAUCAAUGUAGGGUUUCGAACUGUCGAGGAAAAGUUUGGCAGGCUUGAUGCCCUUGUGAACAAUGCCGGUAUGUUGAAUCCCGUCAUGUUGAAAAUUUGCAGUUUCAAGUUCUCCAAAGGUGGCCAGUUUGACCAGCUGGCCAAAGAAGGCAAAAUGACGCUUCGAGAAGUCUGGAACAAGACCGGGAAUUUCAACACAACUGGCACUCACAUCAUGACUUCAUUCUUUGCCCCAAAACACUGGUCGGAGACGGGGGUCAGAACUUGGGGCAUUUCUCCAAGUUACCUUGCAACAGGUCUCGGGGGAAGUCUUGAGAUUAACAAAAAGCAAGGGGCUCAAAAUCCUGCCAUUAUGACUUGGCUUGACACUGGUCGCGAGUUUGGUUCUGUGUCGGGAGGUUCCAUAGGGUGCAGCAGCGGCUGUCACCGUGUCGGGAUUGCAACGCUCGAGCUCAUGUGUUGGGUGCCGAUGCCACGUGUGGCCAAAGUUUUCGGAAGGCAUCGCUGGAAUAGUCUCGGAACACGAUGGCAGGGGCGAAUCGACACGACCUUUGUUGUCGAUCUCGACGUUUGUUAG